AAGAACACUGAGAAUAGUUUUGACGAAGAGAUUAUUCCAUUCAAAAAAAGCCGUCCGUCCAUCCAUCGACAGACCGGAAAACGAACGCCAAAGAAGUCAGCAAAUUGUAACAACAGCGAUUCUGAUUCAGACAUAGCCACCAAAUCUUCGUUCUGCCACGUGAGCGAAAUCACAUCUGAGGUCGAAGAUUCUGAUACCGAUCUAUCGAACACAUAUUCGUCUCACCGUAGUGACGAAAGCCGUAGUGACGAAAGUGAGAGUGAUGACGACGAUCUGUCCGUCCAUUCAUUACAAGAGAAAGUUCAAGAUAAAAAACGACAAAACAAGGCGGCUGCGAACGUCUCAAGCGAAAAAACGGUCCACAAGCGCAAGAAGAAAAAUCCUGAUGACGAUUCAUCCGUCAAUGAAACGAAACGCAUUAAGGUCCAUCAAGGCGAUAAAAGAAAAGAUCAUUCAUCGCCCGUCAUUCAUAUCGAUACGUCCGUUCGUCCAUCCGGCAAAAAUUCGGCUAAGAAAGUCAAAAAUGCAAGCAAAAAGAAAACAACUAAAAAGCGUAGUGCGCCGAAUGUUGUUGAUGAAAGCUUCGAAGGUCAACAAUGCUUCCAUCCGUCAAAAUAG